AUGGAAUGUGGUGAAAAAAAGCAAAAUCAUUUCAAAUAAACAAAUGCAGAUUCAAAGAGAGAAUUGAAAUACUCAAUUUUAAACAGGUAUGAUCUUCAAUUAUAAAUUUUAAGAUUUAUGAUAAUCACAGAGAGUGUCUUUUUAAUUUGA